AUGGAGAAAAUCAUCAAGAAGGCGUUGAUGCAAUUCCUCAAGCAGCAUCGCCUCCUCCCCAAUGGCCAACAGGGCUUUCGAAGUGGUACGUCCUGUCUCACGAAUGUGCUCUUUUCACUCGAACGCUGGACCAAAGCACGCGACGAAGGCAAUGUGGUGCACGCCAUCUACAUUGACUUCAAAAAGGCCUUCGGUAGCGCUCCUCACCAACGUCUCUUGCACAAACUGCGCAACGCUGGAAUUCGUGGACGCCUUCUUGUACGGAUCCAGAGCUUUUUGACUGAAGGGUCCCUAAAAGUGCAGGUCGGACGCCAGCAGUCCUCAGAGCGGCGGCCCACAGGGUUCAAUCGUAGGCCCCACAUUAUUUCUCGUUUUCCUAAAUGACUGCGUCAAGGGCCCAAGCUGUGAUGCCAUCCCGUUUGCUGACAAUAUAAAAUUGUGGAAUUCCUGUUGACCCAACUGUGAAAAACUCGGCGCUGCAGAGCCUCCAGCACCAGAACCUACUUUCUUCACGGCACACCACUGCAACAAUUUGACAGUCAGAAGGACUUGGGUGUGUGAAUUACAUCUUCAAUCAAACCAACACUAAACUGCGCGAAGACGGCUAAGUCGGCCAUGCCUACAUUGCAGCUCAUUAGGACAGCUUUUAUGGGAUUUGACACUGACUGUCCUUCCAAAAUAUCUGGCACCUUCGUGCGGCCUUAUCUAGAAUAUGCCAUACAGGCAUGGAGACCUUGGACUGCUAAGGACUAUACCGUCUUGCAGAAGAUCCAGAGACCAAAAUCACACAAGGUCUGCGAGCACUGUCCUAUGAAACCAGACUGUCAACUCUCAACUUGUUUCCCCUUUCCUACGGUCAACUACACGGUGGCCUUAUACUAACAUUCCGCAUCAUAAACAACCAAGACUGUUGCUUAGAUCCCAGUGAUUAAUUUACUUGAGAUAAUGCGCCCAGUCUGGGCGGUCAUCCUCUAGAACUACGCGCAGGUAAAGCGAGGAUCAAUGGACGAAACUUCUUUUUCAGUAACAGAAUGGUUGCAGCGUGGAAUACCCUGCCUAUCGAUGUUGUAGCUCCUCCUGAGCGAAUUCCUUUAAGUGUAGACUCGACGCGUAUCAAGCUUCCCAACUGCCAGCCUCACCUCCACUCACAUAGCCCGGCACAAAAUUAUACGUUUAUGCUACUUGCAAUUAGUGAGUAACCGUCAAUGAUUACUCCUGAUAUGCCAGCUUGCAGCUGUCUGCAACGAUGUACAAAAUCUCUUUUCCAACUUUCUACUUAUCAGUGUUUUUCUUUCCAACGACUUGUAACCAAUAGGGAGUUCAAAGGCACUUGCCUAUAUUUCCCUUAAUAAAGCUGAACUGAACAAGCUUACCGUGACUUCCGGACGAAAAUGGCGUUGAAAGCCUCAACAGACAACUACCCCGUACCCAUUCCCUCAAUCUCACUCUACAGACUGCCAUGUUGACACUACUCAUUAUGGCAGCCUGCAAUGGCCGUUGGCUUCUAGACCAUCCGGAGGCAAACUCUCCGGAAAUAAGGUCGGUUCUGGUCGCCCGCGAACUGAGCCGCCACAUAGUGGACAUGGCGGCUCCCAGCGAGACCCGCCUCUCUGAAAUGACCCAACAUGAGGAGGUGAAUUUCGGAUAA